GUUUCUCGCCAGAAGCAACGUUGCCGAAUCCGGCAUUCUGCGAUGGCGAUGCUUGGACAGUCGUUUGCCAGCGCGGGUCCAGAUCUGCCCCCGCUAGGAAUAUGGCACCCCUCGCCCAUUUUGCCUGAUACCGUUUCGCUCGCGGCAGAACGGCCAACUUGAAUGCGGAUAUCUCCUGGGGGCGGGGGGUGUUCAGGUCAAGGUCCUUCAAUAGCUCGACAGAAAGCCACACCGGCAGUCAAUGGCGAGCAGCCGAAACCGGUCACCGCAAGCAAGCCACUGCUGCACUGGGGACGACAAAUGGGCCUGCAGAAGGGGUUCGGGCCGUUCACAGCGUAUCCACGGCGUCCAAUGGAGACAAUACGAACGCCGCACGGGGGGACAAAUCAUCCACUCGUGUCGACGGGAUUGGGAGUGCGGAAUACGGGCCCCCAGAUACUACCCCCCGGUCCACAAACUCAAACUACCGAUGACCCGUGUCGACUGCCCACCACCCCUACAUGGCCCCAUCAACGCGUCCGGUGUCGCAAUCAACGGAUCCCGCGAACGCCUCGUCUCCGGCAACGCUACCGAACGGGCAUCGCAAGCGCUGUUCGGGUGGCUUGCUGGGGAGUUCUUUGCCGAGAGGCCCCGAAGACGGGGCCAGAAACCGGGGGCCAUCUCGGACGACGACUCCGACCACCGCUCGGGGAGUGCCGUUCCGGGUGAAGUGACGAAUCAUCAUCACCCAUCAGCUUCCAUCCGGACGUCCAAAGCAGCGACCAACCGCCCUACAUCCACCGACGCGAAGACGAACCGAAUCCAUAGUCAUUUUUGCGCCGAGUCGGUGGAUGUCCGCCCUCAAGGAGCAUCCGCACCAGUAACGACAAUAGACGUCCGCCCCGGCCUCGGCAAGCAAGUAGGAUCCUACAGACAUCGUCGGAAUAAGACGCCCACCGAUGGGAAAAUUUCUCAGCCGUUGCAACGCAUCGGAGGUUCGCCGAGCCAUGGAUCGCUCGCUGCACCCAUCAGCGAGCGCGGGGACUUUUGGGCGAGAUUCUGGACAUGUGGGGGACUAGGGGGGGACAUGUUUUAGCCCCUAAAGACUACGCGCGCACGUUUUACCCCCAGGGUCGUGUUGACCAGACCGAUGAUGUUUCCGGGAUGGGGGGUGGACAAUCACUGUUCAACAUCGUUUGGUUUGAUCCGGUUUCAUUUAGGAGGAAUGCGCGAAAGUGACGAUAGGGAUGUUCGGCAUACGCAGUUUCCACCGCACCCCCAACGUACACCUAUCUUAGUUCCACAUUCAGGUUAACUUCACAAGACAGGUCCUCUCCCAUCCACCCCACCCCAUUCAC